CACACCUUCACCCAACCCGCACUGCGCGGAACUGCGUUCAAGGACGCCCGCCCGCUUUUGAGCAUGCCUCUUUUCGAUCUCGGCUCUCUGUUCCUCGACCACGUUGUUUUCAUCACCAACCUCGUCUACAUGAACAUCGCCCUAUCCAAUGCUGAACCCAGUCUACUCUUCCCUCUUUACGUUGUGUCGAAGCUACUGGCUCGAGGACCUGAAGAUUGGGAUUCUCCCACCGCAAAAUGGCCCCCACCCAUGAAAUGGUAGCCAACUGCGGCUACCAGACCCCGGAUGAGCACAGCAAUCGCCCCUCGUACUUUGCUACUCCGAACGAAUCUCCUUUGGCAUCAUUGCCCUUACCUAGAUCUCCUUUGAGACGGCCCCCGUUUGUUCCUCGUUCCUCCCAUGGACCGGCCUUUGAAACGGAGGAUAGCACGGCGAUGCCCCCGGCCGAGCGGCAGGCAGAGUCGAAUGAGUCUAGUCCAAACAACGCCAAAGCUACGCUUGAGAAGCAUUCUAGCUUGGGCAAAGUAGGAAUUCGAGAUCGGAUCGCCUGUCAUACCUGGACUUGGUUCACUAUGACGAUGGCUACCGGAGGGAUGGCGAAUGUGAUACACUCUCUCCCCUACCAAGCUGCCUGGCUCAACGGCAUAGCCGUAGCAUUUUUCCUACUCAAUGUCAUCCUCUUCAUCAUGAACUGUGCCCUUGCCAGUAUUCGAUUCAAAUCGAGACCAGGGGCCCUCACCCACUCAUUCACAGACCAGACGGAAUCGCUUUUCAUUCCUUCUGCUGUUGUCUCCUUCGCCAUCAUAUCGAUCAACAUAUGCCAGUUCGGUGUACCGCAUGUAGGGCCCUGGCUACUUAGAAUCAUGCAGAUUCUGUUCUGGUUCUACAUAGCCCUGAGUGUGCUUGCCAGUGCCACUAUUUACCUGAUUCUUUGGUCCACACUGAUAUUUCCCAUUCACACCAUGACUCCUACCUGGGUCUUCCCGGCGUACCCUCUACUUCUCACGGCCCCCUUUGCGAGCAACCUUAUCCAAGCCGCUGUGCAAACGAAUCAGCAGGUCGUUACGCUUAAUAGAACUGCCAUUGCACUAUGCGCAGUCGCUACGCAAGGCGCGGGCUGCUUGAUUGCCUUUAUGAUCUCUGCUGCCUUUAUCUAUCGGUUGAUGACGCAGAAAUUACCGCGGGAUUUUCAACGUCCUGGUGUGUUCAUUUCUAUUGGGCCAUUUGCCUUCACGGUCGGAGGCUUAGUUCAACUCGGUAAUUCCGCAGACAAAAUUCUGCCCAGCAAUUUCCUGGGCACCGACCUUGCCGUUCCCAUCAUCAAAGUCAUGUCUGUGUUGAUAGGGCUGUGGCUCUGGGGGUUGAGCAUGUGGUUCUUCAUCGUCUCCGUAGGAUCACUUUGGAAGUAUGUACGGCCAGAGAGCAAGAUGCCUUUUCAAAUGACAUGGUGGUCGUUUGUCUUCCCGAACACUGCACUUGUCACAGCCACAACCGCGCUUGGCAAGGCCUUGCAGAACAACGGACUGCAGAUAUUCGGUUGCGUCUUUGCCGCAUGUCUGAUAGUCAUAUGGUUUAUUGUAUUUGUAACGAUGAUUCGGUGUUUGUACAAACGGGAGCUCUUAUGGCCAAAAGAUACCCAAUAGUGGAUAAAUUUAGAUGUCUACUUCUGAAACGGAAGCGAAAAGAAAUCAAUAGAAAUAUUU